GCAGGAACUACCAGCAUAUCCAACACAAUGGCCAAUCAAUCGCCACUACGCAUCGCAGUCCUCAUCAACACACCUCCUGGCAAUGAGUUCUGGAACGAUGUCCGCGGGUCUUACCAGGAUGCCUUUGAUGUUAUUGCACCAAAUGCCAAGGUCGAUAUGUACGAUCCUGUGUUUGAAGGAAAUUUCCCCAAUCCUCAAGAGUAUGACUUGAUUGUCUUGAGUGGAGGGAAAGCCGAUGCCUCAUCCUCGGAGCCCUGGGUCCUUGGUGUUUUGGACUUUCUCCGUAGGACUGCGCGGGAGUCACCAAAGACUAAGAUCCUGGGUAUCUGCUGGGGCCACCAAGCUAUAUCAAGAGCAUUUGGCGGAGAAGUACGAGCAGUGCCUACGGGACCCAUUGCCGGCCUUGAAGAUGUGAAGUUGACCGAAGCUGGAAUGAAGUUUUUCUCUACCCGAUCAGGUGUUAAGACCUACGUGCGUUGUUUGAUGGCUGCCCUUUGGUUACCGGAGUUUCAUGUACGAGAGGUGGCCCGACCUGGAGUAGGCUUUAUUCACCUGGCGGAAAAUCAUGAAAUGUUUGUUAAUCAAGAAAAUACUGUGUUGUCGUUCCAGGCGCAUCCAGAAGUCCAGACCGAACUGGCUAAGAAGAUGUUGUUGGAGGAGGAUGAUGUGUACAAUGGCAAUCUUUCGGACUGGGAACUAGAAGAUCAAUUGGCGAAGCUGGAACGGCCAACAGAUGGCUUUGAAGUGCUGAGACGGGUUAUAGAGUGGGUUAGGGAGUAGAUUUACCCUAUUCGCAAUAUAGAGCAUGGGUCAUGCUAGCAUGAUAGAGGGGUUCUCGAUCUUAACAAAC